ACAUCCAUCAGACACCUUCGGUUCGAUUUGCGUGGUCUCGUCAUCGGUUUUCGCAAUUUGCGGCACGUUAAGUAGCGGCAUUAGUAAAAUAUUAUUUAGGGAGCUAUCUAUCUAUUGUGCAUUUAUCGCUGUUUAGAUGAUAGUAAACUGGAUUGUGGAGCAACAUGUUUAAAAUUUUCGUGUUUUUACCAGUGUUUGCCGCUUGCAUAUUCCUUGCUCAGUCGGCCAUUGAUGUGGAGAUUGAAAAUAAAAAUGUUGACCGCACUAUCGAUCUCACUUCGCAACUAGUGAAAAUUUCUUACAAAAUUACACUGGAACACAAGUCAAAGAAACCGAUCAACAAUUACCUGUUUACGGUUCAAAAUGAAGAAAGGAACCUACUUGCUUUUAUUUCGGCAAAAGAUUCCUCAAAGAAAGAACUGAAACUUACCGAAACGGCCUCACCAAAAGGCGUAAUCUUUUCAAUGAAUCUCCCAAGCAGUUCUUCAAAUCCAGUUGUAUACAUUGACACAGUGUUCAGCAAGUCGCUACGUCCUUACCCGACUUCAAUCACUCAAACUGAACGACAGCUGGUACAAUAUUUCGGCAAUGUAUAUUUCUAUUCACCCUUCAAAACAGUUACCCAAAAAACGACGAUUCAUUUGAGUUCGCGAAAUGUAGAAAGCUAUACCCAAAUCAAACCAGCGGUUCAUUCAGAUAAUACGAUCACCUAUGGACCUUACGAUAACGUAGCAGCAUUUUCUGUGGAUCCGAUGACCAUUCACUUUGAAAACUAUACUCCUUUCAUGACGGUCACUAAAUUGGAACGAGUAAUUGAAGUUUCUCAUUGGGGUAACAUUGCGGUAGAGGAAACGAUUGAUAUUAUUCAUUCGGGAGCUGCGCUCAAGGGACCGUUCUCCCGAUACGAUUAUCAAAAGGAUUCGCGUUCUAACCAGGCUUGUGUCAAAUCCUACAAAACCCUCUUACCAGCAUCGGCAACAGGAGUGUACUAUCGGGACAGUAACGGGAAUAUUUCAACCUCGGCUAUGCGGGUUCUAAAAGAUUCGGUGGAAUUGGAUUUGCGUCCUCGAUUCCCAUUGUUUGGCGGUUGGAAGACCCACUAUACUCUCGGUUACAACGUGCCCAGCUUCGAAUAUUUAUUCCAGAAUGGAGACAAUUAUUUGCUGAAAAUGCGCGUCGUUGACCACAUAUUUGAUGAUAUGGUUGUGGAUGAAGUCACAACGAAAGUCAUCCUACCAGAAGGAUCUGCCAAUAUUAAACUGAUUGCUCCAUACUCAGUGACUCGUAACCCGGAUAGUUUGCACUACACCUAUCUGGAUACUUUUGGCCGUCCGGUGAUCUCUUUCAAUAAGAAAAAUGUCGUUGAGAAUCAUAUUGCUGAUUUUAACCUGAAAUAUAAUUUUAGCCGGGUGAUGAUGUUACAGGAACCUUUGCUGGUAGUAGGUUUUCUGUAUAUUAUGUUCGUCUUGGUAAUCAUCUGGAUGCGUUUGGACUUUUCUAUCCUAAAGGAAAAAGAGCAUCUACAUAAGGAGUAAAUCGUUUGUAAGAAUGAUGCAUACAUUGCUGCCUUUCCUUUGCGAUUUAGUAUAGCAGUUAAAUCACUCUGUCUUAAUCCUAAUUAGCAAUUUACACAGUGCUUAAACAAGGCACCGCGACAGCUAGUCAGCUAGUUCGCAAGAUAGCAGAUUGUUUCAUUUUCGAAACAAGCACAAUAAGAGUGUUGUCUGAUUUGAGCUUAAUUAUUAGCAAUGUCAUCCUGCAGCGGAAAAUGUCAUGUGUCGGAAAAUAAAUAGUUUUA